AGAGAGAGAGAGAGAGAGAGAGAGAGAGAGAGAGAGAGAGAGAGAGAGAGAGAGAGAGAGAGAGAGAGAGNGNGGAGGAGGAGGAGGAAGACGAAGAAGACGACGAAGAAGAGAAGAUAGACCCCUCGAACCGUGAGGCCAUCCGCAAGCUGUUGGAGCCCUUCGGCAAGGACCAGCUGAUGGAGCUCCUCAAGGAGGCCGCCCUGAAGAACCCCUCCCUCCUCUCCCGUAUCUCCGCCUCCGCCGAGUCCGACCCCGUCCACCGCAAGAUCUUCGUCCACGGCCUCGGGUGGGACGCCACCACCGAGACCCUCGCCUCCGUCUUCUGCCAGUACGGCGAGAUCGAGGAGUGCCGAGUCGUCGUCGACCGCAACACCGGCCGCAGCAAGGGCUACGGCUUCGUCCUCUUCCGCACCCGUGCAGCUGCCCGCAAGGCCCUCAAAGAACCCCAGAAGCGGAUCGGCCACCGCAUGACCUCCUGCCAGCUCGCCUCUUUCGGUCCUCCUGGUGCCCAGGGCCCCGCCCCCGACUCCACCGGCCGCAAAAUCUUCGUCAGCGGCAUCGCCGACCACAUCAACCCCGAGCGCCUCCGUGCCUUCUUCACCCGCUUUGGCGAGAUCGAGGAGGGCCCCCUCGGGUACGAUCGCAACACUGGCAGGCUCCGCGGGUUUGCCAUCUUUGUCUACAAGUCACCCGACAGCUGCAAGAAGGCGCUGGAGGAGCCAAAGAAGUUCUUCGAGGGGUGUGAGCUGCACUGCCAGAGGGCGGUUGAGGGGCUGAAACCCAAGACCCCUUCAGGGGCGGCGGCGGUAGCUGGGGGUGCUGCUGCAGUGCCGGCGGUCCUGCAGCCGAAUGACCUGGCGCUCACCUAUGCUUCGCAGUCUAUGCUGGGCCUGAAUCCAAUGGCGGGGUUGGUAGGACAGAGCCUGAACCCAGCUAUGGGGCUUAUGGGGCAGAACUCUGGGGUUGGGAUGCUGAAUCCUGGAGUCGCGACUGUGGUGACACCCUCGUUGAAUAGGAGCGCUACGACUACGCAGCCUUAUGGAGUUGGAUUAGGGCUUGGAGGGGGUGGGACGGGGGUCAAUAGCAUAAGUCCUAGUAUUAUUGGGAGUUAUGGUUCUCAGGCAGCUUUGCAGGGUUUGGGGGCUUACCAGAACAGUCAGCUUUCUUCGACAACUUCAAUGAGGUCUCAAUCUGGUGUUGGAUCUAUGGGCACUGGCUUGCCAUCGUAUCUCGGGCGCUAGGAGCGUGGAGGAGGGAUGCGGAGAUGUUUCCUUCUCUUAGCAAAAAGUUGCAAGCAUUUCUGCCACACAUGUUGGUUGGUGUAGUUGGUCCUUUGUGUUAUCUUUAUAGCUGUAUUCGGUUGUGUUUUGGCAGAUAUUCAUCACUUCUCUGGAUUGUUGAGGAUCAUGUAUCACCUAGCCUAAUUUUUAGAAAUAUUUCGAGUCACCUUAAUAUUUUAUGAUGCUUUGAUUGGUAGUU